AUGGCUCUCGCACCCAAAUUCGCUGGCCAAAAGCUGGCCUCCAGUGCUAUUCAGCCCAAGGCUAUCCACACACUUGAGCUCUACCUCGACUAUGUGUGCCCCUUCUCGGCCAAGAUGUUCAAAACAAUCUACGAGACUCCUCUCCGCAAGACACUUCUCGAGAAAUACUCCGACCGCGUCGUAACCAUCUUCCGGCAACAAAUCCAACCCUGGCACCCGUCCUCCACCCUCGUCCACGAAGCCGCCUACGCCGUACAAAAGGUCGACAGUUCCAAAUUCUGGGACUUUUCACAGAAGCUGUUUGCAGAGCAGAAAGACUUCUUCGAUGUAAGCCUGGUCAACGAGACGAGGAACGCGACGUACAAGCGACUAGCCAAAAUCGCCGGGUCUGUGGGUGUUGAUGAAGGCAAGGUUUAUGGACUGUUGGAGAUAAGCGAUAAGCCUGGUGAGGACGGGGCGUUGAACUCAGGAAACGGAGUUACGGAUGAUGUCAAGGUGCAGGUGAAGGCGAAUCGACUGACGGGUGUGCAUGUCACUCCUACGGUUGUGUUUGAUGGGGUUGUGAACAAUGAGAUUAGCAGUUCGUGGACGGCGGAGCAGUGGGAAGAGUGGUUGGAGAAGAAUGUCAAGUGA